AUGGCCUGCCCUGGUUGCCUGCCUUUCCUUCUGAUUGGUGCCUUCUUGGCAGCCUUCCAGCCAACCUUGACCUACCCUGACGCAGUACUGGUCUUCCCAGGCCAAGUGGUUCAACUCAGCUGCACAAUCAACUCUCAGCAUGCCACCAUUGGGGACUUCGGCGUGUCUUGGUAUCAGCAGCGCCCGGGCAGUGCUCCCCAUCUGCUCUACUACCACUCAGAAGAGGAGCACUAUCGGCCUGAUGACAUUCCCGACAGGUUCUCUGCUACUGCGGACGUGGCCCACAAUGUCUGUGUGCUGACCAUCAGCCCCGUGCAGCCGGAGGACGACGCAGACUACUUUUGUUCCAUUGCCUAUAAAUAGCUAACUUUGAUCCCUAAGGGCUGGGGUAUGAGAUGAAUGGCUCCUGUUUGUCCCCCCACUUCUGCCCCUGACCUUGGACCUCUCUCUCCUCUAAGUCUUGCUUUCUUUCUCUUGCAAUGAGUUAAUAACAUUCAACAUGAUGACCAUGCGAUCCUGGGAUAACAAGUAACAGAUCAGAGGACAUGGGAGCUGGAAUUCUGGUGACUGCUGUCAAGAGGAAACACCUGAGACCCCAGGGAACCUGGCCCAGCCCUGUCCCUACCCUCAGGGGCUUAGCCUGAUGCCUGACCUCCCCAUGACCUCAUGAACUGAAGGUAGAGAAAAGGGAACUAACCUUUACUGCCCCCCACCCUCCCAGCUCCACUUGGCUGAUUGUGGUUCAACGCUCAUUGUUCUUGGGUGGCUGGUCCCCAAGGCAUUGAUGCUGAUGGCUUGGAGGAGGGGCAGCCCCUGCCUCUUCCCCCGAAGUCUUUGGACAAAUCUCUACUGAGCCUUGAUGGUCAGGGUCUGGUGUUCUCUGAAGGGCCCUCAGGGCCAGGAAUGGGGACAUUGAAAGCAGAUUAUGCGGUUUCUGUCCUCCUCAGAGACAGUGUGUUCUACUGCUUUCCCUGGAGAAGAUUUCCCACAGAUGGGUAACCACACCUGAGCAGUUAUGCAUCAAGGGGUGGCACAAUUAACGGUAGGGCCAACAGUGCUCUCAGAAGCUGAACUAAGUGAGAUUGGAACUUUCAGAAAGAUUCCUGAGCUGUGGUAGCACAUGGCUUUCAUCCCAACUCUCGGUGGAUUUCUGUGAUUUUAAAGCCUGCCUGGUUUACAUAGGAAGUUCCAGACAGCCAAGGAUAGAUACAUAGUGAGAUCUUCUCUCGAACCAAAACAAAAUUCCUGGACUGGGGGUUCUAGAUCAGCGAUAGAAUAUUUGCCUAGCAUAAAAAGUGCACUAGGCUCAGCUCCUCAGGAUAGUAAAAGCAAACACACAUAACACCCCCCCCCACACACACACACAUACUCAGCUUCUUCCCUGGUGUCUCUAAGAAGUGCCCACCCCAGAAAAAAAAAAGCGUGCGGUUAUGGCACACACCUUAAAUCCCAGCACUAGGGAGGCAGAG